UGAACACUUUGGCGUUGAGACGGGCACGCUGGCGAACGAGACUACGUGCGGUUUCAUCUACAACAGCUCCAUGACGACGUCCGGCACCUUUAGCUCCCCCAACUACCCCGGCCGCUACCCGCGCCACACAGAGUGCCACUACAUGUUCCUGGGACGCAUCGGCGAGCGCGUGCAGAUAGCAUUCUCUUACUUCGACGUCGAGGGCAUCUACCCGUGUCUGAGCAAAACAGAGAGUGACUACGUUGAGUUUUCCAACUUUAAGGUUUCCGUGGACAGGAAAUUGCCACGCUACUGUGGGAGCAACAAACCAGGAUACUUGACAUUAGUGCCGUCUUUAGCCGCUGGCCGGCGCUAG